UAGUAGUUAAUUUGGGUUUAUAAAAUAAUACUGAAUUUCGUGAUCGUCAUAUCAGAUCAGCUCCUACAGCUUAAUGAUAACGACAUGUUUUCGUGCCGUGCUCUUUGUCUUGCUUUGAUUUUGUCCUCUGUUGUCCUUUUACUGGAGGGUAUCCAAAACUCCUGCAUCAGUGAUUGGAUUAAGAUGAAUCAUCACGACAUUUGUUUCCAAGGCAGCGGUGACCGCUUCGGUUCUUUCCAUAACUACGUAAGAUCUGGUUUGGUAGCAGCGAUCAAACUAGAGCACUUGUCUGGCCACAUCGCAUGCGCUACCGGUCAAGCCUACAAUAGUUACUGGGGAUGUACAAACCAUAGCGAUUUAGUCGCAAACCCUUUUAAUGCCGUAGUGACCGAUCAACACAACCAAGUUAUCUUUCCAAAGAAAAACCAGAUCUUGGAUAUGUUCCUUCUAUCUGGUAUCGAGUUCCCUUCGCUGACACAACCUCUUCCAAAGAAAUCGUCCUCACCGACUUUGCCCAGCCCUUCUACUUCCCCAAGUACAAGCAGAUGAGGAUUUGGUACGGAGAGGAUCUGACGGGCGUCACUGAACAUAAUAACCAUGGUCGUGUGUGUGUGAAUGUGUAUGCUAAGUUCAUGUUAUAAGUAAGGACCUCAUGAAAGACCCCCUAGCCAUUGGCUAUACUAGUACGAUAACGAUAAUGCUAA